AUCCAUCGGUGGCCAUGUCAUUUUCAAGGGGCUGAACGGAAACGAGAGGGCGUGCGGCGGCGAUGGUCAUUGCUAAGGGGGGAAGCUGAGGUAAGGUGAUGAAGAAAAUACAAGGAGUAUGCAAGAAAUUUUAUGGGAAUCUUCAUCAGAUUACACUAGGGUUCCUUCUAUUAGAUGGGAACAUGUAUGCAAGUCUAGAAAGGACAUCUUAUGGUUUGCAAUCAGAAUCUCUCGCAAAAUUGUUAAGAGCAUUCAAUAGAGCAUAUUUGAUUGGCUCAACUACGAGUGGAAGGCUAGAAAUGCAGGAUCACAAAAUGAGCUUAUUAGCAUUAAAGGAAGAAAGAGGAGGCAAAUCAUGGGUGCCAUUGGCGGGAAAACCCUACAAUAACGAGCGAUACAUUCUUCUGCGGUCCUGUUUUCGACUCAUCUUCCCCAAUGGAGAAAUAUUUGGUCCGAGCAGCUCAUGCUUCGCAAAACCCCAAAGCAUCUCGAAGGCAGCCAUGGCAGAGAGUUAUUGUUGAAUUGAACGGAAAAAUCAAUAGGAAAUACAUCCACGGCGCUUGUGCUCUAUUAGCGAGAUCCUAUUCUGUGCUGGUGGGAUUCCCUCACGCAUAUCACAACGGGGAAGUGCCAUGUCCCACACAUAUGAACUUGUUUCUCCGUGGAACGGAUGACCAAAAUCCAAUAGGCAGUGAGGGCGUAUCUGCACUAGAAUUUGAUCGAAAGGGGGUUUAUUUGGCAUCGGUAACAAAAUCAGGUUGCUUAACGGUGCAUGAUUUUGAAGAUCUAUUCUACGAAGGAAAAGUAUUGCCUUUAGGUUUUAAAGAAGAUGAAGGAAAACUAUUGUUGCAUGUAGCUACAUAUAAUCAACUUGAUGCUGUUAGAUGGAAUACCUGUAAUCAAAAUGAGGUUGCAUGUACAUCUCUAAAGAGUUCUGAAGUAUAUAUAUAUGACAUUGGUUAUGUAUCUUCUGAACCCGUUGAUGUGCUACGAAAGAAGCCUACAAUCAGCAUUACUGGAUAUACAGCCCAAAAAGGUUUAUCAGAUAUUGCCUUUUCUUCAAGUGACACUUCAAGGUUGUUUGCUUCUGAUUUCUCUGCUCUGAUAACCAGGUUGUGUUUGGAGGCAGCAAGCAUGGGUUUAUAUACAUUUGGGAUAUACGCGGUGGAAGAUCAUCAGCUGCUUUUCAGAAUAACAUGGAAUAUUGUUCUCCUCUAUCGUCUGUGAAGUUGGAAACGGAGUUUGGGAAAAUUAGAUCUUUGAAGGCUCAAUCUAAUAUUGGCUUGAAGGAAAUACACUCCAUUGACAUUAAUCCAUCAUGCCACUAUCAAAUGGCAUUUCAUCUUGAUGAUGCUUGGUCUGGUGUUCUUGAUAUGAACUGCAUGAAUGUAACACAUGUGCAUUGCCCCCCUCCAGCUUGGUUACGAGAUAACAUUGAUGAUAUGGGAAACAUCUGUCACCUACGGAAACCUUCGUGGCUGCCUUCUUAUUCAAUCUAUGCAGUUGGAUCAGAUGACGGACUUCAUCUUUUAGAUUUCUAUCCAGACCGUAGCUCCCCUUGCCACAUAGAUUUUGAGGAGGAGAUAGAAGGUACAAGUCUACAUCAACAAAGACAAAAUCAAUUUAUCUCGUUUAGCGAAGGUAUUACCGCAUGCGCAGUCCAUCCCAUAACGGGCACCAUAGUAGCUGGAACAAAGCUGUCAUCACUCCUAGUGAUUUCCCAAGCACCAGUCUCAUGUCCAGGUGAAGAUGAUUGUCAAAACUGCAACUGAUUUAUUACAAAGAAAGGGUUGGGGGCAUAUACCAGACUUUGGCAAAUGCGUUGAAAGGUAACUAUACUAAGUAUAGAACUUCUUCAAGUACCAGGUGCAGAUUUCUCCUUUUUGCUAGUUAAUUUCUCAUAAAAACUCAAUUUGUCUCCUCCCAUGUGUGUCUGAAUAAAGCUACGUUCCGUUU